AUGGUGUGGGCGCCUCGUGCUGGUGGUCUAGGUAUUGAAAUGGCUGGAUUUUUCCUGGGGCAUGAUGCAGUUGACAAAGGUCUGUUCGCGGUCAUCACAAGCUCAGAUGUUGGAAUUUUCCCGGCAGUAGAAGGCUACUACACCGGCGUGUUGAGUUGUAUAUUGGCUGUCGCCAGGGCAAUUGAUUAG